GCAGGUCAGCUGGGCUCUGCCCGCCGGGCCCAGGGGCCGCCGGGGACAAUGGCCGCUCAGAGGAGCCUGCCCAGCUGACAGCCCCGAGGACGGCUCCUGCUGAGCGGGGGAAAUAGCCGUGGCGAGGCAGCGGGGAUAAAUAGAGGCCGGCCGGCAGCCCCGGGCACCGCCCGGCGCCUCCCCGCGGCCAGCCCCGCAGCAUGGCGUGCCGAGCGGCCGGCGAGGAGCUGCCGCGCCCCUGCUGCAAUGGCUACAGCGAGCUGGCGCCUGCCGACAUGCGCCGGGCCCUGGUGCAGGAGCGCCCGGAGAAGCACAGCCGCGAGGAGGCGGCCGAGGGCGGCGAGCUGCCUGCCUUGGAGGACGCCUACCUGAGCAUCCUGGAGGGGCUGGGGGAGAACCCUGCCAGGCAGGGGCUGCUCCAGACGCCCAGGAGGGCUGCCAAAGCCAUGCAGUUUCUCACGAAAGGCUACCAAGAAACCAUCGAGGAUAUACUCAAUGAUGCAAUCUUUGAUGAAGACCAUAACGAAAUGGUGAUCGUUAAGGAUAUUGAUAUGUUUUCCCUUUGUGAACAUCACUUGGUACCCUUCUUUGGCAAGGUACAUAUUGGAUACUUACCUAUAAAGAAAGUGGUUGGACUAAGCAAGCUUGCAAGAAUUGUUGAAAUCUUUAGUCGAAGACUGCAAGUUCAAGAGAGGCUUACCAGACAGAUUGCUCUGGCAAUUACUGAGGCUCUGAAACCUGCCGGAGUGGCUGUGAUUGUAGAAGCAUCGCACAUGUGUAUGGUUAUGAGAGGGGUUCAGAAAAUGAACAGCAGGACUGUCACCAGCACCAUGCUCGGAGUCUUGCGAGAAGAUCCAAAAACCAGAGAGGAAUUUCUUACACUGAUCAAGAAUUAAAUGGAAACAGCUUCCCACUCACUGUUUGUUGGCUCUAACAGUAAAACCAAUUGCCAGAAACUAAUCACCGUGUGUGAUGCAGGACUGUUUUGUAGAGUCUGUGUAUUAGAAAUAGCUUUGUGACAGCUUGGUUCUCACUAGUGCCUUAAAAUGUCAUAAAAUAUUUGGUAGAGAAUGAAUGUGCCUAAAAUCACAAUUACUGAACUGAAAAGAGAUUAGCUGUUUCCCAAUACUAACCAUAGAGUGCUAUGGAAAGAUGUUGCUAGAUGGGAGCUAAAACAAGUCCCCCCCUCCCCCCAAAAACAACCCAAAACGAACAAACAAAAAACAAACAAA